UGUGCAACGACGUAAUUAUCAGUACGCAUCUUUCAACAGUAUAUUAUUUAAUCACGUCUUUUUUAAAUCCAAAUCUGGAAAGAAAAAAUUAAGUAAUGAUUUGUAGAUUUUAAUUCCUAAUAUAAUCAAUCAAAGAUACUUCCAUCAAGCUACUUCAAAUUUAGCCGGAAUUUGGAUUUCUUUUAUUAAAAAAGAAAAAAUGAGCCGGGAAACGGCGAUGGACCACCACCAAACCGCCGGUGAACUGCCGCCGCACGUCCUCAUCUUCCCAUUACCGAUGCAAGGCCACAUCAACUCGAUGUUGAAGCUGGCGGAGCUCCUGUGCCUCUCCGAUAUCCACGUCUCCAUGCUCAUCUCUGACUACUCCCACAGCCGCCUCCGCCGCCACGCCAGCAUCGAAUCCCGCUUCUCCCGAUACCCCGGCUUCCGCGUCGCCACCAUGACCGACGGCCUCCCCGACGACCACCCCCGCGCCGGCGAGCGCAGCAUGGAUAUCGUGAUGAGCCUUGUGAGAGUAGGCGGAACGGAGUUCCGCAGAGUGAUGGAGACCACCGAUGCCCUAAGUGACGGCGGAGCUCGGAGGCGCGUGAGCUGCCUAAUCAUGGAUGGGGUUUUCAGUUUCGCUGUUCCGGUGGUCGAAGAAAUGGGUAUUCCUUUCCUUUAUUUCAGGACAAUCAGCGCUUGUGCAUUUUGGGCUAAUUUCUGCUUCAAAGAAGUAAUUGAAGCUGGAGAAAUCCCUCUGAAAGGUAAGGAUGAAGACAAAUACGCCUAUUGGAAAAGGGAAGAUUUCGAUUUGCCGGUAACAAGUGUGCCGGGAAUGGAAGGGUAUCUCCGGCGACGCGAUCUUCCGGCUUUUUGCCGAGUAAAUGACGUUAAUAACCCUGUAUUCCAAACCAUCAUAACAGAAUCUAAAAGAACAGCUCGUUCCAAUGGAUUGAUACUCAAUUCAUUCGAAGAUUUGGAAGGCCCGAUUCUUGAUCAAAUCCGAAACCACAUUCCGAAUCUGUAUCCCAUAGGUCCAAUCCACACUCAUCUCCAGGCUCGACUGGUGUCCAAAAAGACCGAAUUGCCCCUUCCUUCUAGCAGCUUCUGGGAGGAGGAUCGCAGCUCCAUAACGUGGUUAAACAAUCAGCCGACAAAAUCUGUGAUAUAUGUGAGCUUUGGAAGCAUCACACUGUUGACAAGAAGCGAGGUAUUCGAAUUCUGGUAUGGAUUAGUGAACAGUGGGCACAGGUUCUUGUGGGUAAUGAGGCCAGAUUCCAUCACCGGAGAAGAAUAUUCCGUUCCGGAGGAAUUGGACACAGGCACGAAGGAGAGGGGUUACCUGGUUGGGUGGGUCCCACAGAACGAGGUCUUGGCCCACCCUUCGGUGGGUGCGUUUUUCACACACAGCGGGUGGAAUUCGACAAUGGAGAGCGUUGCAGCUGGUGUGCCGAUGAUAUGCUGGCCUUAUUUCGCGGAUCAGACGAUAAACAGUCGGUUCGUGAGCGAUGUUUGGAAGGUGGGAUUGGAUAUGAAGGAUAGCUGUGACAGGGUGAUUGUUGAGAAGAUGGUGAGAGAGGUAAUGGAGGAUAAGAGAGACGAGUUCUCGGAGAGGGGCGUUCGCUUCGCUGAGCUGGCGAAGAAGGCGGUUAGUGAAGGAGGGAGUUCUUACAGCAGUUUGAAUAGGCUGAUUGAUUUCAUUAAAUCUUCAGUUUAGUGUGAGCUUUCAACUGCUAUUAUAUAAGAUGAUGUUGAUUAUUCUUAACUGUUCAUAUUCUUUGCUUAUAAGUUGAAUAUGUGUGUUGGGCUUUUAUGUAAAAUAAAUUGGGAUUUAAUUAUAAGAAAUUUAUGUAUUAGCUGCCAUUUUCAGUGAA